AUGUCUAGUAAUGGUACUGCUCGAGAGGAGCGUUCCCCGCAUGAUGAGACGCCAGCAUCCAAAAGGCGGAGGAUAGCAUUUUCUUGCCUUGACUGUCGGCGCAGGAAGCUGAAAUGCGAUCGCCUAUUCCCAUCUUGUACUCGAUGUCAGAAGGGAGGACAUCCCGAAUCUUGUACUUAUGAUAACGAGGCGGUCGAGUUGGCGACGACCCAAUCUUCCGGGGAGAAAAAUCGGACACGUGAUUUCCCUACAGCGAACGGUCAUGGAGCUCCAAGAACAAUUCCUAGACUCCCUUCAGUGGCCCGAAGUUUUGCUGCCGAUGAAGGGGAAGAAGCGUAUCCACGACCCCAUUCAGAAGAUACUACGACCAGGCUGUACGCCCAAGAAGAGCGCAUCAGGCAACUUGAGUGCAGAAUCAUUGGUCUAGAGAAAGCCACUCAUGGUGCCAGAAUCCCAGAGCUCACCCAAGCUGAGCUAUCAAUACACUCGAAUCGUAUGGCAGCAGCGGAUAAGGAGACAAUGAUCUUUAGAGGCAAACAUUUCAAGACCCAAUUCUAUGGAGCUAGUCAUCACACGAGCUAUCUAUCUCAUCUUCCAGAGUUGCGGCUGUUCAUGAAAGAUAUGAUUGUGCAGCACCAAGGAUUAGCAUCUGUGCAAAGAGAACUUCACAACACCAAGAUCAAAGGCCCUGGUCAAGAAGACAGUCUGCCGACUAACGAUAAAGCUCUCAUCAGCUUACUGCCACAGAAGAAAGUCGCAGACCAGCUAGUGCAAAUCUAUGUUGAAAACCUGGAGUCCACCUAUCGAGUUCUGCACCUACCAACUUUCUGGGAAGAGUACUCGAGUUUCUGGAAAGCUCCCCAAGAAGGUAGACCUGCGUUCGCUGCACUUCUGUUAUUGAUCCUGGCCAGUACCUACUGCGUCAAGGAGAAGGAUUCAUCAAUGUUCAGAGGCGAUAGCUCGGUCGGACGCGAGACUGCUAUCAUGUGGAUACGAACUUGCGAUUCGUGGCUGCAAUCCCAAAGCCAAAAGCACACUAAUAUGACCGUCUUCCAAAUACACUGCCUCUCCUUCGUAGCGAAACAGAUGAAUUCAAUCAAGCGUAAACGGACCUGGACAUCAGCUGGAAAUCUCAUGAGACUUGCGUUAUCUAAUGGUCUUCAUCGCGAUGCCAAUAUAAUCAAUCUACGUCAUGCCACACCGUCUUCCAAGAAAGUCUCCGCCUUUGACCAAGAAAUGCGGAGGCGCAUAUGGGCCACCAUAUCGGAAUUAGAAUUACAGGCGGCAUUCGACAGAGGAAUGCCGGCCAUGUUGCGUGAUCUCGUUGAGGAUUGCGGUCCGCCCUUGAACCUUGACGACGAAGAAUUCGAUCCUUCAGCGGAGCAACUGCCAGGGCCGAGGCCAGUAUCGCAGUACACAAGGUCGACUUUCCAGCAUCUCUCUCGCUUAAGCUGGUCCUUACGACUCGAGCUUGUGUCAGUGAUUAAUGGACCGCAUCCUCAAAUGGCGUACGAAGAUGUAUUGCUUUAUGAUAGAAAGAUCAUGCAAUAUCUGGCCGAGAUCCCGCAUUGGAGUGACCAAGCCAGCGUGGUCUCGAGAGUGCUCCUACAGCUCCAGUUGCAAGUACUCUUGCUUUUCCUUCACAGGCCUUUCGCACGAGAAGAAGCGCGAGGUUCCAGAUACGAUUACUCUGCUAUAAUGCAUCUCAGAAGUGCCAUGAACAUCCUUGAUCUACAUCACCAGCUCACAAGCACUGGCAAUACCUUCCUAUGUUUGUUCAGGAGCGAUAUAUUUGGUGCAGCGCUGAGCAUCUGUUACAACUACUCUGCUUCGGAACCUAAUACUGAUCAAAAUCUAUUUUCGCGAAGUUCGAUCAAACAGUCAAGCAGCGAUCCACUGCCCUAUCUAGAAAAGGCUCUCAACAUGAUCGGGGAAAAAAUCAUGUGUGUAGGUAUUGGACUACCAGAGUACUACUGUGUAUGCGCGAUGAUUGGGUUACUCAAGAAGAAGCAGUCGCCAUCGCUAGAACAGUCAAGAUAUGAGGAGCAGAAGGCUGCCUACAAAGUUACUCAGAUGACCCAAAGAGUCAUGUCUUUGCAGGACAACUAUUCUGCGGCAGCGACGCUGGCGAGUCUGCCCAACAUGCCGGUUUCAGCACCCACUGGUCUUCUCGGCAAUGGCAGUAGCAAUGGCAACGCGAUCGGACCAAGUGCGCAGAUGGAUGGCACUGAUAUGCUCGAGGAGUACGGCCAAGAUUUUGAAGGUCUAGAUCUCACUGACAUUGCUGGGUGGGAUCUAGAGGCAUUUUGGAACUUUUGA